CACAAAAGCAGAAGCACACGUACUUUUAUCGUUGACAAAAGAAAAUGAUUUAGUUAGACUAUUUAAUUAUCAUUUUUUUCUGUAAGUUCUUCAUUCGUUGGGAGCUCCGCAGUACUAUAGCGCAAAUGCACCAGCUUUAACACAAAUGUGAAUUAGAUUAUGCGAUGUUGGUUGCAUAACUAUAACGCCAAUCUGCGUCGCACUGAUCGUCGUGGUACCCAGUUUUUCCGUUGCAUCAGAUCGUCGUUAGCAUUCCGUGCGUCGGUCCGAGAAUUUCAUUGUGCAACGUUUAGAACCGCCCAGAAACCGAAUUUUGCAAGAAACGAUAAGGUCACGGUCCUGGGAUGGACUCGAUUUUGGUGGUUUUACGCGAGUUUUUUGUGUUCUGAAAGCGUGUCUGGACAAAACACUAACGAACGCUGUGACCAUACGUUUGAGGUUGGAGUGCGAUCGAAGCAAUUACAGUUGUGUUUCCCAGUGAGGACUGUCUUGUCAGUCCGUAGUUACUCUAUAUGUGUUUGUUCGGCGCGGUCCACGGAAAUCUACCCCCACAAGCGGAUAAUGGGAAUUUUGGAUGCGUUGAGUGUGGUUUGUUUAUCGAUAGGACUCUGCGAGAGUGGUAUACUUGAUGUCAAUUGGGCCAGGUCCGAUAAAAUCGGCAUCGAAGUUAACUUCAAUCUGCCUUGGUUGCCAUUUGAAAAUGAGACACGAUGUUACGAUGAACUGGGGUGUCUCAACAUCACCAGGAGUUGGUAUCACCUGAUCAACAGACCGUUCAACGUUUUCCCCUUGCCAAGGUCUGUGAUAAAUACUAGGUUUAUACUGUAUACGCGACUGAACCCCUUCGAGGGUCAAGUAAUCAAAGCCAAAAACGAAUCUAUAGAAAAAUCCAACUUGGAUGUCCAAAAGAAAACUAAAUUCAUCAUCCACGGAUUUAUCGACACUCCCCUAUCGAAUUGGGUGAAGGACAUGAAAGACGAGUUGCUGCGGGCGGAAGAUGCAAACGUGAUCGUCGUAGAUUGGGCAGGGGGGAGUCUACCCCUUUACACGCAAGCCACUGCAAACACGAGACUCGUGGGUUUGGAAAUCGGACAUUUGAUCAAUUAUCUUGUGAGUAACUACGAUAUGGACGCCAAAAACGUUCACAUCAUCGGCCAUUCCCUUGGGGCUCACACCGCCGGUUACGCAGGUUCAAUGGUGUCAGGAUUGGGACGUAUUACCGGCCUGGAUCCGGCCGAACCAUAUUUCCAGGGUAUGCCCUCACACGUGCGUCUGGAUCCGUCAGAUGCGGAGUUAGUUGACGUCAUACACACGGAUGGCAAAGGUAUUUUGUUUUUAGGAUACGGAAUGUCUCAACCUUGCGGACAUUUAGAUUUCUACCCAAACGACGGUAAAGAACAACCAGGCUGUGACAUCACUCAGACGCCGUUGGUGCCCUUAACUCUAAUAAGAGACGGACUCGAAGAAGCGUCCAGAGUUCUCGUCGCUUGCAAUCACGUGAGAGCUAUCAAACUGUUCAUCGACAGCAUCAACACGCAAUGUCCGUACAUAGGAAGGCAAUGUUCCAAUUUUAAGCAGUUCAUGUCGGGCAAGUGUUUCGACUGCAAGUCGGGCAUGUCGUGCGCUGUCAUGGGCUACAAGGCCGACACUUCGUUGGGAUUUUUGGAAAACGAGGUGCAGCCCCACACGAAACUGCAAGAGGCUGUCGGCAAUAAGUACUUUUUGGCUACGGGAAGAGAUUACCCCUUCUGCCAACAACUCUAUAAAGUCACGGUAGACCUGGCUCAUCCAGCUUACGCUGAAGACUGGGUCCAAGGUCGUCUGAAAGCGUCCAUGUAUAGUCCGAACGGUGUGAUAAGGGUCGAUUUGACACCUUCCGAAACCAAACUGGCCCACGGAAGCGUCUACACUACCGUGGUAGCGCACCCCGUGGAUUUGGCUGGGACCGUUAGGAAAGUUGAAUUGAACUGGAUCUACGACAUGAACGUCUUGGAGCCCAAGACAUUGUGUUUGUUUUGGUGUAACGAUCAUUUGUAUGUGAGGAGUGUUACGGUGGAUCAGUUGGAAUUGCCAGGGCGAGGGAAACGUGAUGCCAAAUUUAACAAAAAGCUGUGUUCCAAGGGAAAGAAAGACUAUGCAGACAUUUCUAGCAACGGUAGAGGUGUCUUCGUGGAAUCGUGUAGUAUUACAAAUUCGGAGAACGCCGAUACAACUUAGUGAACGAUAAUUUUGUGACUGGACCUCAUUAUAUAAUAUGAAAACCUGUUUUGUGGGUUUCCUACAAUUUAAUAUUUUUUAUAAAAAUAUAUAUUUAUCGGUUCUAAUUAAUUGGUGUCAGCCUAGACUGCUGAUGUUUUAUUAACUGUAUAUAUUAAUUAUUGUACCUUAGUCAGGUACUUUCCGCAUUUACUCUCCAUAGAUUAAAAAUAUGCCUAUACAUAUUUUUUGCCUUUUUUAAACAAAACCCUCCUUUUGUUGUUUAUAGUGUUAGUGUUCAAUGGCAGUACUAUGAUUUUUAAACUAUGUACCUUCCUGAUUAAAUUUGCACCUUGUGCGGAAUGUGAUAUGCUUCGUUUUGG